GCAUGCCAGGCUGAGUCUUCUCACUAUGGCAGAUGGACGGGACUCUGCAGCCUGCGCUGCUGCAGCCGCUGCCGUGGUGGGACUUUUAGGGGUCCAGGAUGGAGGCACCUUUACCUCAGGGGGGCUCCAUGUACCUGAUCGUGGAGAGGAGUUGGUGCUGAAUGGAGGAUGCUCAGAGGACAGUCCACAGUCUGGGAGGAGCAGCAGGGACCACUCGGGAGAAAGAGUACAGGGGACGGUGCGGACUACUGGGAUCAUGAAGGAUGGAUCCCGUCAGAAGCAAAAGAAGACUGUGUCAUUCUGCACAAUGCCCAACAACCGCAAAAUCAACAGCACCGCAGCCUGCAUCUCCUUUAUGAUGGAAGGCUGUGAAAUGAAGAAAGUGCGUUCCAACUCAAGGAUGUACAAUCGAUUUUUCCUGUUAGAUCCAGAUAUGCGUUUUCUCCGAUGGGAGCCUUCCAAGAAAGAUUCGGAGAAAGCUAAACUGGAGAUCAAAUCAAUUCGCGAGGUUCGGGUAGGAAAGAAAACUCCCGUUUUGAGAAGUAAUGGGUUGUCUGACCAGUUUCCAGAAGAAUGUGCCUUUUCUAUCAUUUAUGGGGAGAACUAUGAAUCAUUAGACCUUGUUGCCAGCACUGCUGAUAUUGUCAAUACUUGGGUGAUGGGACUCAGAUAUUUAGUUUCUUAUGGAAAGCACACUCCAGAUGUUCUAGGAGCCAAUCAAACAAGUUUAAGGACUCUGUGGAUCUCAUCUCUUUUUGAGAUAGCUGAUAUGGAGAAAGGAGGACAGAUUCCUUUGUCUAGAGCCAUUCAGCUUAUCAAGGGGCUCAACCCUGGUAUGAAGACAUCAACAGUGGAAUUAAAAUUUAAGGAGCUGCAAAAAGGUUGUGAAAAGUUUGGCGCUAACGUUACUUGUGAAGUGUUUGUAGAAGCAUACUGUGAACUGUGUACCAGGCCAGAGGUCUUCUUUUUACUAGUGCAAUUUUCUAGCAAUAAAGAAUAUUUAGACUUAAAAGAUCUUAUGAUCUUUAUGGAGGUGGAACAAGGUAUGGAAGAGGUCAAUGAGAACACAUCUUUUGAAAUCAUCAAUAAAUAUGAACCCUCCAAAGAAGGACGUGAAAAGGGUUACCUUACAAUUGAUGGUUUCACCCGCUAUCUACUUUCUUCAGACUGUAAUAUCUUUGAUCCUCACCAUAAAGUGGUUUGUCAAGACAUGACUAGACCAUUAUCUCACUACUACAUAAAUUCUGCUCAUAGUGCAUGCCAAAUGGAAGACCACUACUGGGGCACAUCGGACAUCAGUGGGUAUAUUCAUGCCCUUAAAAUGGGUUGCCGAAGCAUUGAACUUGUUGUCUGGGAUGGCCCUGACAAUGAGCCUCUUAUAUACCUUGGACUUUCUGUGGUAUCACAGGUGGCUUUCCGUAGUGUCAUAAGUGUCAUAGACAAGUAUGCAUUUGAGGCAUCUGAAUAUCCCUUGAUAAUUUGCUUGGUAGUUCAUUGCUCUGUUCGACAACAGCGUAUCAUGGCCCAGUGCUUGAAAAAGAUUCUUGGGGAAAGGCUUUACAGUGAACCACCUUGUAUUGAUGAAAAUUACUUGCCUUCUCCAGAGCAACUUAAAGGGAAGAUUCUAAUAAAGGGCAAAAAACUGCCACCAGAUAACUCUGACUUAGAGGGAGAUGUAACUGAUGAAGAUGAAGGAAUGGAGAUAGCCAGGAGAUUGGGACAUGAUGGCAGAGAACAUGUCAAUGGAACGGGUCCCAGAAAGCUGCGCCUUUGUAAAGAACUUUCAGACCGAGUUAACCUGUGCCAAUCAGUAAGGUUUAAGGACUUUGAAAUGUCCAAAAGGUGCCAAAAAUACUGGCAAGUGUGCUCUUUUAAUGAAGUUACCGCCAGUCGUUUUGCCAAUGAGUAUCCUGAAGAAUUUGUGAAGUAUAACAAAAAAUUCCUUUCAAGGGUCUACCCAAGCUCAAUGAGGAUAGAUUCUAGCAAUAUGAAUCCUCAAGAUUUCUGGAAAUGUGGUUGUCAGAUUGUGGCCAUGAACUACCAAACCCCAGGACUUAUGAUGGACCUCAAUACUGGAUGGUUUCGCCAGAAUGGAAACUGUGGCUAUGUCUUACGCCCCUCAAUAAUGAGGGAAGAAGUAUCAUAUUUCAGUGCAAAUGCUAAGGAUUCCUUGCCUGGUGUUUCUGCACAACUCCUCCAUCUCAAAAUAAUUAGUGGUCAGAACCUGCCAAAACCCAAAGGGUCAGGAGCAAAAGGAGAUGUAGUGGAGCCAUAUGUGUAUGUAGAGAUCCAUGGAAUACCUGCUGAUUGUGCAGAACAUCGAACAAAGACUGUAACCCAAAAUGGAGACAAUCCCAUAUUUGAUGAGAGCUUUGAAUUUCACAUAAAUCUUCCAGAGCUGGCAAUCCUGAGGUUUGUGGUCCUGGAUGAUGACUAUAUUGGAGAUGAAUUCAUAGCCCAAUAUACUAUCCCCUUUGAGUGUUUGCAAACUGGCUUUAGACAUGUCCCAUUACAGUCCUUGACAGGAGAGUUUCUCCAGAACACCACAUUAUUUGUACACAUUGCAAUUACCAACAGACGAGGUGGUGGAAAGGCCCACAAGAGGGGACUGUCUGUGCGCAAGGGAAAAAAGGUUCGUGAAUAUACUUCAACAAAGACUACUGGCAUCAAAGCCAUAGAUGAAGUAUUCAGGACGGCCACUCAGGCUGUACGAGAGGCUACUGAUCUUCGUGAAAAUGUUCAGAAUGCAUUGGUUUCUUUCAAAGAACUUUGUGGCCUGACUCCAGCAGCAAACAUGAAACAGUGUAUUCUCACUCUGUCGGCAUGGCUUCUCAACAGCAAUAGUCCUCUCACUGUGACCCUCAACCUUCGCUCUCAGUAUCCGCUCCUGGAGGCACAAGGACCAGUACCUGAUCUUUUAAAAAAGGUUCUCACCUCUUAUGAUGCGUUCAUACAGGCCAGCCGGACACUAAUAGAGACUUCAGAUGCCGUCUACAGCAAAAUAAUUCAAGUGCAAAAAACAGGGAUGGGUUUUCAUGAAGACCUCCAUCGGAUCGGUGCCAAAGAAGGACUGAAGGGAAGGAAGCUACAGAAGGCCAUGGAAAGCUUUGCCUGGAAUAUCACUGUCCUGAAGGGCCAAGCUGACCUCCUCAAACAUGCAAAGAAUGAAGCUGUGGACCAUGUGAGGCAGAUCCACCAUGCGGGUCAGUCCUGUGGAAUAAGCAGUGCCAGCUCCCACUCCCCCUCUCUUGAUAUCUUCAGACCGAGAGUGGCACUGGAACCCAUUCCCGAAGCAGACGGCGGAGGCAGCACUGGCUCAUAAAGAUGCAUUCAGCAGCCAGGAGAGCAAGAACUUAACCCCUGGCCUAGCGGGCCCUUCUGCAACAUAUUGCUGUGAACUGCAGAAGAGUCCCAUAAGCUACAGGGUAAUUGUUAGGAUCUCCCUCCAUAUUGACCCUCUAUCUUCCGUUACUACCACCCCAAAACACAGCUGUAGACUAGAUCUGCAGAGUUCUUCAUAAUGAUCCAAAGUAUAGAAGUUCGGGAUAGACGUCUAAUGGAAGGAGUACAUUUCUGUUUUGUGCACUCACAGACCAGCCUCACUUCCCCUCUAUUUGUACCCUUUCCAAAACCGUGACGAUUUGGGGUUAUGAGGGGAGAAGUGUAUUGCUACCUCUGUUCACUUUCUCCAUGACCCUCUGUUCAUGUAUUGUAUGAGAUCACUCGUGGUUUAAAUACACUUGUUCAGAGCCA